ACCAGUUAUUUGCCUAAUCAAGGCAUUUUCUCCAUCAAAAACACUGCUAAAUUAUCAAAGAUGUAUCCAUUUCCCCUUGACAUGUACCUCUCAAAUGGGAUGCGUUGAUUGCCAAAGCUAGGUCUGAAAGUAUUCUUCUUGAAACACUGAAUUCUGCUCAGCUUAUGUUAGCAAUGCGUUAGCUGAAUGGUUGGGGUAAAUAUUGCAAUGUUACCGAUAGACAAAUAUCAGUUUAUUCUUUCCAUGCGUAGGCUCGACCGUCUAGUCUAGAGCCUGUCUGGCCAGCAUCUGUAGUGUGAUAAAGAGAAGACGGACUGUUACAGGUGUAAAUAUACCACUUGGUAGUGGGUAAUUGCCUGUCCCUCUGGGGCAUAUUGACCACUAUAAGCAUACAGCUGCGAUGUCCAAAGUCGAGCGUUUGAACGCCCGGGUGGCGAAGUUGUUGACGGUAGCCGUGCACGAGGUUCUGGAGGUGGUGCGAGAGACUGUGUCGGAGUACCAGGAGAAAACCGCUCGCACUCAGAGGGAGAACGAGAGACUCAAGCGGAAAGUGCAAGAUUUGCAAGAGAAACUGAAGAGGGAGGAUGCAGGAGCCGUCACACCUGUCAGUGGUGGUGCAGGCGAGAAGACCCCUGCACUUGAGGAAGAAUCUUUGCCGGUCAAAGAAGAGCGGCAAGUUCCAAGUCAGCAGGAGGAUGAGCAACAGACUCCUGUCGUCGGGGUAGAGCAGGUCAUUAUAAAGUGCGGCUCGUCAGAGGACAUACCCGCCCUCCUGAAUAACGGCCUCACAGAUGACAGCAGCGAUGCGGAGGGAGUUCAUUUUGUCGGCUGCUACAAUAGCACAGACUCUGUUAGCCCAACGGCUAAAAGUCCCUCUGGUGGUGGCGGCGUCCGAAAAAGACAGAAACAAACACAGCAAUACAAGGAGGAAUUCGAUCCGGUGGAUUCACUAGAUACGGGGACCACAGCUGAGAGUAAGUUAUUUGCAGACAAACAGCUGUGUCUAGACAUGAUUAACCCUGACGUCCAUAACUUGGAACUGGCAGGUACACGGACGUCACUAAACCCCCAGCACCACAGCAGCGUAUCCUCCUCCUCCCCUCCUCCUAGUACAAACCACACGUGCGCUUCCAACGGCCCGCACAGCUCGGACUCUGGGGCACCAGACUACCCCUUCCUCCCCGUCACACACAUCAUCAAAACAGAGCCAGACACGGAGGACUGCAACAGCGCCACCCAGAGGGAGGAUUACGUCACUCCGGGCUUUGACAUCCUGAGGGACGGUGGACUGGACCUGGAGCAGGCAUUGCACGCAGAGGCGGUGACCAUGCCAACCACAGCAGCAUCAGGACCAGCUCCAGCGUCAGCAUCAGCAGCAUCCUUGUACCACCGCAGCAGGCACGCUGCUAACGAGCUUUUUCUGGACGUCAAUGGCCGUUACGAGGUGGGACUGGAGGCGGGCUCAAACGGACUGCUGGGAGGAGGACCGGUUGGCAUGGAGAACCACCCGAACCACCACCAUCACCAUGGAGGAGGAGGGAGAGAAAUUGGGGGUGGUCGUCUUGGCAUGGGCUCUCCAAACCACCGUCACGUAGGAUCGAGAGGAGAAGGAGGAGGAAGAGGAAGAGCAGGAGAAGGAGGAGUCGGAGGUGGCACACUUGGCAUGGGAUCCCCACACCGUCACCACCGAGGAGAAAUUGGGUCUGGUCCCCUUGGCUUGGGGAUGCCAAACUGCCAUCGAGGAGGAGGAGUUGGCAUGGGGACCCCAAGUCGAGGAGGACUAAGGGGAGGACAAGGGGGAGGUGUUGGGGGUGGCGGUCCCCUCGGGAUGGGGCCCCCACACCGCCGAGUGCCAGGUUUAGGAAGAGGUGGACUAGGAGGAGCUAGAGGGGGAGGGGGAGGGGGAGGACUGGGCGGUCUACCGAGGCCUUAUUCACGCCGACACAACACCACCACCAACAACCACCACACCGCAUCAUCAUCAUCUUCAGUAGUGCCCUCGUCUGCGAUGCCCAAGCGCUACUGUUGCCCGCUGUGCGGCCGCAGCUUCAACCACGCGGGCGACUUUAAGAAGCACAAGCGUGUGCACACGGGCGAGAAGCCGUACGGAUGUGGCGUGUGUGGCAAGAGGUUCAGCCAGUCGGGUUACCUGACCGUGCACCUGAGGUACCACACGGGCGAACGGCCCUACACCUGUAUGUGUGGAAAGAGCUUCAGCCACUCCAGCAACUUCAGGAAGCACCAGCAGACUCACCUGACCUGAUGCUACCAUGGUAACGACCUCUGACCUUGUACCACACGGGUGAACGGCCCUACACCUGUAUGUGUGGAAAGAGCUUCAGCCACUCCAGCAACUUCAGGAAGCACCAGCAGACUCACCUGACUUGAGCUGAGCUGAUGUUACCAUGGUAACAACCUCUGACCUUGCACUGCCACAAAGGUUGAAUGGCCCUACGUCUCUGUGUGGAAAGCAUUUUAGCCACUCCAGCAGCUUCAGGAAGCGCCAGCCGACACACUUUACCUGACGUUACCAUAGUAAUGACAUCUGACCCUGAGAUAUAUCUCAUAGGGGUAUACCGUCAGGAUGCAGCACCCGAGUUGCUACACGGGCGAACGACCCUACAUCUGUACGGUGUCUGGAAAGAGCUGAAGCCACUCAGACAGCAGCUUCAGACAGCAUCAGCAGACUCGCCUGACCUGAUGUUCCCAUAGUGAUGACAUCUGACCCUUAGAUGACAUGUGGCUGAAAGGCUCUACAUCUGUGUGGUGGGCAGAAAAAGUGAAGCCAAGGAAACACCAGCAGACUCACCUGACCAGGGGUGCAUUUCUGGAAAGCGUAGUUGCUAACUAUGUUUGCUACUUUGUUGGUUGCAAUGCAAUUUCCCAUUGGCAACUACCGAAGUUGCUAGCUGCUAACAGCUACGCUUUCCAGGAAUGCACCCCUGACAUGGCGUUACUGUGGCAGACCUUUUUGUCCCAGUGCGACUGUACAGGUUAACGGCCCUACAUCUUAAGAGAGCUGUAGCAAGAGACCAGAAGACUCACUUGGCGCUCAGCAGGGGUGCAUUUCUCGACAGUGUUGUUAACUAAGUCAGCAACUUGUUGUUUACAAUGCAAUUUCCCAUAUAUGGAUUCUAAAUUGUUGUUCUCCCCUGGCUGCGCACAACUCAACCUCUGAUUGUUGGGAACUGCUGUCGGUCAAAAAAUUAGCUCACAUGGUUGGCUGCCAGUGUCUUGCCCCUCCUCACAACACAGUGUUUAUAAACAAAAAAAAAAACAUGUAUCGAGAACCUACUAAGUCGCUAACCAGUUAGCAACAGCGCUGUCGAGAAAUGCACCCCUGAUCUGUUGUUGCUAUGGUAACGACCUCCUCUGACCCUGCACCACUGACAGGUGAAGGGCCUUGCGGGGAAAGCGACACACUUGGGGACACCCAGAGCCGUCUAAUAAGAGAGUUGUGUCAACUGGGGACCAGGAAGUCGGUUGGUGAUAUGAUUCACAAAGAUUAAAAUAUUUCUAAACAGCAACUUUCUGUUUGCUGGAAACUAACACAGAACCAUUACAUACCAAACAAAGAUUAAGUACAAACUAAUUACAUUUAUUUACCUUAACCACAUUUGUGUUCUACGGCCACCUCCUGGAACUAAGUGACUACUUCUAUUGGAACUAAAGACAAUGGUGAUUUACAUGUAAAACGCUCCGUGAGGCUCCUAGAGAGCCGCCAUUGCUGUGGAAAGAUUGGACCAUUGAGGUCUAUGGGAGUGACGUAACUCUCAUUAGAUGGCUCUGGGGACACCUAUGUGGUCAAGUGGCGCUAUACACAAGGUGUUAACACAGUAGGUCCAGAACCACAUUGUAGCCUACCCAUGAUGUUACCGUGGUGCCAAAGAGCCUUCCUUGUGCAAUUUUCUGUGUGCUCAUGUAGAAGUACAAAUAUGUUUGUUCAAGACUAUUAUUGUUAUUUAACAGUUGGGAGGUAAAAAAAUGAAUGCAUUUAGCAGAACUGCAAAAAGUAAGGUCUUUGAAUGUGUCAUAGAGAAGUACAGAAACUGUGAACGUUUUACUGAACAUGGCAUUGUUUCAGGUCCUCAAGGCUUUGUUUGAAGUCCACCACUAACUCCACCAGUUUCACACAAGGACACAGCAGAGUUGGUUUGCACAGUUUGUUGUUUAGUUUACUUCCAGAAACAGCCUAAAGUGGGGUAUAAUAUAAUGUACGUAUGGAUACUUGUAAAGGCUUGUCCACAUUUUACAACUUCAACUAGAGAUAGCUACAUAACAAUGAUGAUGCCCGUUUCUCAUGAGCAUCAACGAGCAUAUGGCAUGAAGUGACCUCUAUACAUUCUAAAAGCAGGGGUUGGGAACCUUUCUCAUUCGAGGGACCAUUUCAAAUUCAUCUGAGGGCCGGAUCAUCAUAAUUAGUACGCUAUAACUGGCCCCAGUAUUACAGUCAGGGCUCCAAAUUAACUUUUUUCAUCACCAGCCAAAAUGGCUAGUAGAUGUCAAUCAUACUAGCCAAACACAAACUCACUAAUGGGUCGAAGUGGCUAGUAAGCUUCUUUUCUACCAGCCAAACUGAAUUUUCACCAGCAUUUGGCUGGUUGGCUGGUGUUAAUUUAGAGCCCUGAUUACAGUAGUUCUAUUCUGGCCCAUAUCUCUGACCGCCUCCCUUCAAUGAAAAAUGAUGUUGAUGGUGAGUCAAGUCAUAGCAUAUACCACAACAGGCAUUACAGAGGGCAAACACAAUUGUUUCCCUGAAAUCCAAAAGUGUAGAAGUUGUAUGUUAAAUUGAUGAAUAUUAAUGUUGACCCACAAAUUGACUUAGACAGAUUCUAUUCAAAUAAACUUACUGUAAAUUAGGCCAUAGACAUGCAACACAUGGAGCAGUGGGGGUUGGAUGCACGACAGUGAAUAAGCUAGACAGACAGACAGACAGACAAACAGUGUCUGGAGCAGUGUGUGUGUUUUUUAUCUGACUUUUAAAGCACAUGUUGUGUAUGAAUGUGUGCUAUACAAAUAUGUUUGAUUGUUGUUGUUAUUAUUAUUAUUAGUAUUAUAUGCCUCACAGUGAGUGUGCUCAUAUGCAGUUCAGUAUCCCGAAUAUGAGGCUUGUCCUGGUUAUGAUCAAGGGUGAGUUUCUCAAAAGGGAAGUUGUUAGCCUGUUAGCAACUUCGGUAGUUGCCAAUGGGAAAAUGCAUUGAAAGCAACGAAGUAGCUAAUGUAGUAAGCAACUUUGGUUUUGAGAAAUUC